CUGCGCUGAGAGCCGUGCCUGAGGAUGGAAGCGGAGAAAACUCGACCGUUGUGGAACAAUCCUUUACAGUUCGUGUUCGCCUGCAUUUCCUACGCAGUGGGCCUGGGGAACGUGUGGAGGUUCCCAUAUCUCUGUCAGAUGUAUGGAGGUGGUGGGUUUUUGGUGCCAUACUUCAUCAUGCUGAUUGUGGAAGGGAUGCCUCUGUUGUACCUGGAGCUGGCCGUGGGGCAGCGGAUGCGCCAGGGGAGUAUCGGGGCUUGGAGGACCAUAAGCCCCUACCUCAGUGGGGUUGGCAUUGCCAGUGUGGUGGUCUCAUUUUUCCUUUCUAUGUACUACAAUGUAAUAAAUGCCUGGGCCUUUUGGUACCUAUUCCACUCUUUCCAGGAUCCCUUGCCGUGGUCCGUCUGCCCCCUGAAUCGUAACCACACGGGCUAUGACGAAGAAUGCGAGACUGCCUCCUCAACUCAGUACUUCUGGUACCGGAAAACCCUCAACAUCUCCCCCUCCAUCCAAGAGAAUGGGGGCAUCCAGUGGGAGCAGGCCCUGUGCCUGAUCCUGGCUUGGCUGGUGGUGUAUCUGUGCAUUCUGAGAGGGACAGAGUCGACGGGCAAGGUGGUCUAUUUUACUGCCUCCUUGCCAUACUGUGUCCUCAUCAUAUACUUAAUCCGAGGGCUGACGCUCCACGGGGCUUCGAACGGGCUGCAGUACAUGUUCACCCCAAAGAUAGAGCAACUGGCAAACCCCAAGGCCUGGAUCGAUGCAGCGACUCAAAUCUUCUUCUCCCUGGGCCUGGGGUUCGGCAGCCUGAUCGCUUUCGCCAGCUACAACGAACCCAACACCGACUGCCAGAAACACGCCAUCAUCGUGUCCUUGAUUAACAGCACCACCUCCAUCUUUGCCAGCGUCGUGACUUUCUCCAUCUACGGCUUUAAGGCGACCCACAACUACGAGAGCUGCAUCAACCGGGUGAUCCUGCUGCUGACCAACGUUUUCGACCUGGAGGACGGAUCCCUGACGGCCGGCAACCUCGAGCAGAUGAGGGAUUACCUAGCGGCUACCUACCCGGAUGAAUACGCUGAGGUGCUCCCGCAAAUGAAAAACUGCAGUUUGGAAGCGGAGCUGGCCACGGCUGUCCAAGGGACCGGACUGGCGUUUAUUGUCUAUAGCGAAGCCAUUAAAAACAUGGAGGUGUCCCAGCUGUGGUCGGUGCUGUACUUCGUCAUGCUGCUGAUGCUGGGGAUCGGGAGCAUGCUGGGGAACACCGCCGCCAUCCUCACGCCUCUGACGGACAGCAGGUUCAUUUCCACCCGCCUGCCCAGGGAGGCCAUCUCAGGUCUGGUGUGUUUCCUUAACUGCAUCAUCGGCUUGGUGUUCACCUUGGAAUCCGGAAACUACUGGUUUGACAUAUUCAAUGACUACGCAGCCACCCUGUCCUUACUGCUCAUUGUCCUGGUGGAAACUAUUGCCGUUUGUUACAUUUAUGGGCUAAGGAGGUUCGCAAACGAUCUUAAAAUGAUGACCGGACGGAAGCCAAGCUGGUACUGGAAAACUAUGUGGGCAUUUGUCAGCCCCGUGCUGAUCGUCAGCCUGUUCAUCUUCUACCUGGUGGACUACAUCCUCACUGGAACCCUGCGGUAUCAGGCUUGGGACGCCACCCAGGGACAGCUGGUGACUAAAGAGUACCCCCGCCCUGCCUUGGCUGUGAUCGGACUGCUCGUGGCCUCGUCCACCCUCUGCAUACCUUUGGUGGCUCUCGUGACUUUUCUCCGAAACAGAUCAAAAAGGAGGAACACGGCCACGGUGGUCUGACCCUCGGGCCGGGAGGAGGCCUCCUCCUCAACGCUUCUUCCCGGAGCGCCGACGAAGCCGUGGGCCGCCGGCAACGCAG